CAGAAAACAGCAAUAACAAUGGUGUUCACGAUACAAGUCGUCGAUCCAUCGACUGAUACCAGCCAACAAGAUGCCACCCCACCAUCUUACAAUUCUCUGUUCGACCCACCAUCGACUGUUACCAGCGAACAAGAUGCCGCCCCACCGUCUUACGAUUCUCUGUUCGGUCAGAUCAAGAGUGAGAGAGAGAAGCACAAAAAUCCUGUUACUUUCAUCGGUUCCGUCUUCGGGAUUUUGUUCAACACAUGUGCCGUGACAAUGUUUCUGGCGAUCAUUCUCGCCAUCCCCAUCGCAAUGGUUGCAAUUGGAUCCGUAUACAUUCACGAAUGUCCUGCACAGCACUUCAUUCCACUCUAUCUGAUUAACAUGGGAUUGGCAACCAUCCUGAAAUUCUUGAUCGACCAGAAGGCAAGGUUCCAACGCUCAAGGCUUCCCCAGGAGGAACAGGAGGGCUUCACACCGAACCCAUUGGAAAAAGGACUCGGCAAAAUGAUUGGACUGUUCAUCACUGCGUGGUUCAUCCCCGGAAAUAUAUGGAUCUACGGAAUCUACUGGCCCAACACCACGGAGAGCUCUAGCGAUGACUACUGCCACCCAACGCUCUACAUCUUUGCCUUCUGGGUGACCACGGCGUACUAUAUCUUUUGUGCUUUCCUUUGUUGCUGCGCCUGCUGCAUUGGCUGUCUUGGAGCUUGUGUCGACGAGGAUGAAUAACUCGAUCAGGCGUGCAUUUCGUGAUUUAAUGGGCGGGGGGGGGGGGGCAAAUUUGAAAUCAUUCUUUUUGGGGGACCUAUAUGCCCCUCUGGUAAAAUGUGUCAAGGACGGAUGACUGAUACCAUGUAAACAAAAACAUCAACUCACUCACUGGCAAAGCCCCCCCCAACAUGUCAUUUACUGAUUUUUGCCAGAAAGCGAUGCGAGCGAACUAAAAAAAUAUAUAAGGGCGAGCUGAGUAUUUUAAUUAACCGAACAAGAGAUAUUUCCAACUCUAUUUGAAUUCAUAAACACUAGAGAAUUAAUGCGUCAUCCAAAUUCUUAUAUGAGCGCGAAGCGCGAGUUGAUUUUCCUUUUGAUAUACUGGGAUAUACUGGCCUGAAGGCUGCUAGUGGUUAAAAUAAUGAGCUGGCUGAACUUGAAAGAUAGCCCAUGAAAUAUAUGUGGUAAGAUUCGCCAUUGUCUCUGGGCUUAUAAAUCGGCAAUGGGGGGGGGGGGGGGGGUAAAGAAAGCAGUUUGAAGUUUGAUUGUAUAUCCAUGCAUUUUUAUGAGAAAAGUUUGCUGGAAUUUUAUUAUUACUGAGAUUUUGUUAGGGUGGCUUAUGGCAAAAAAUUGUUUUGAUUGUUCAAAUGAUUCCAAACACGUGAAUUGGGUUUCACACAUUUAAGAGGUCGAGAGGAUUCAUUCGGUAUGUCCGGUACCUACCGAAGAGAACACAGUGUCCCUCACUGCGUGCCACAGUGUGUUCACAGUGUGGAACACAAUUUGAAAUCACCUUCACACUGUAACAUUUCAGUAUUUCAACAGUAUGAAUCACAUAGUCGACUUUGUGAACACGUUGUGAAAAGUCACACUGUCGAGGUGUCCACAGUGUGAAGAUAUUUUCACACCGUUCAAUUUGAGCAUUUGAACAGUAUUAAUAAUACUUUAAUAUAGUCUUCUAUGUUUACACACUGUGUGAGACACUGUGUUCCUUCCAACAGGGGUUAUCAUGAAUUCAGGAGAAUCCAGCAUUCAUGUCAACACGUAUUCGAAUGUGGCUCGAGGUCAUCUUUAGGAGGGGCGUAUUACAACAAUAGCUAAUUUUGGCAUUUACAACGGGGAAACUUUUUACAACGCAUCGAUUCUUUUGAAAAUGCAAUUAAAAUCACAAUAAGGUUUUUGUCGAAAGCUGGUGGACGGGGACAGCAGAUAUCAGAAGAUUUGCACCGGACAAACAAAGGAAAAUGUGUCAUUGUCCAGAGUCAAGAUAUUGGUACGUUGUCGAGAGUUUCUCCGUAGUAAAUGCCAAAAGUUCGAUGAUCGUUCAGCGCGUAAUGUCACAGUUUUCUACGCAUAAUGUCGUAACCUUUCUAACGCAUAACGUCACAUGUCGCAACGCAUAUCAACGCAAUACCACGGGAUAUUUUCCGUUAGGACUCUAGUCCAGAUAACAUAUAAAAUGUGUUUUUACUCGGUAUUUGGUUCAAGUUCUUGUUUGAACAUUUCUUAAAUUGUGUGUGAGAAGUGUUGGGCUGUGUGUGAUGGUGAAAGUGAAAGGGGGCA